AGAUCCCAUGAACGACGAAACGACGUCGUCCCAGUCAAAACCAUGACGUAUGUUUCUCCGAUUCGAUCCCAAAUUCCCAAACAACCACUUCAACCCCUUACAAACCCUAGAUUCUUAAAUCACACACACACACACACACACACUCGCUCAAAUUGAGCUCUGCUUGUUUGUGUGUGAAUCAAAAUCCAAUGGAUUCAGACGAAGGUAAGCUCUUCUUAGGCGGAAUCGCAUGGGAAACCACCGAAGAACGGUUAACCGAUUACUUCACCAAAUACGGCGUCGUAUCGGAGACUGUAAUCAUGCGCGAUAAGAUCACCGGUCGUCCUCGUGGAUUCGGUUUCGUUGUGUUUUCAGAUCCCUCUGUUCUUGAUUCUGUUCUUCAAGAUCGCCACGCCAUUGAUGGCCGCAAUGUCGAAGCUAAGAGGGCGUUAUCCAGAGAAGAACAACAAGCAUCUAGGCCUGCAAACAAUGCUAACAGAAGCUCUGGAGGAUCAGGAAAUUACAGAACGAAAAAGAUAUUCGUCGGUGGAUUGCCUUCUACAUUAACAGAAGAGCAAUUCCGCCAAUAUUUUGAAAGUUACGGAGACGUAACCGAUGUAGUAAUUAUGUUUGACCAAAAUACCAACAGACCUCGUGGAUUUGGCUUCAUUUCUUUUGACACAGAAGAUGCUGUCGAUAGAGUCCUUCAAAAGACUUUCCAUGAACUGAACAACAAGCUAGUGGAGGUUAAACGAGCGCUUCCAAAAGAUGCUAAUCCAGGCGGCAGCGGUGGCGGCCGUGGUGGAGGAUAUCAAGGUAACAAUGCUGGAUCGUUCGAUAGUCAAAUGGAUGGUAGUAGAUUCAUGCAGCAAAACUCUGGCGGUGGUGGUUACCCUGCGUAUACGGGAUAUGGUCAACCGAGUUAUGGUUAUGGUGCGCCGAAUGCCGGUGCGGGUUACGGUGGUUAUGGAAGUUAUGGUGUUGGUGGUUAUGGCGGUCCUGCAGGAGCAUACGGGAAUCCUAAUGUAGGUAGUAGUCCUAAUGCAUUAAAAAACCCAUGGGUUGGUCAGACUCCGGGCUAUGGCGGUGCGGGCUAUGGUGCGAAUGUAGGCUAUGGGGCGGCUAACGUUCUUUGGAAUUCCGGUGGUGGUGGUGGUGGUGGUGCGGUUCCUGCACCGGUCGGUCAAUCUCCUAGUGGUGGUUCUAGCUAUGGGAACCAAGGUUAUGGGUAUGGUGGUUAUGGUACUAGCGAUGGAUACAAUACAAAUACUGGUGGAUAUGGAGCGGCUGGAAACCGACCUGGGCCAGGCGGUGCUGCAAAUAGCAUGGCGACAAGUGGCGGAGAUCAACAAGGACAUUUGACGGGCCCGUAUAACGGGCAGCCUGGUUACUCUAAUGCCGGCUGGAGAUCAGAUUCUUGAAAAGUGUUCGGUUUUCGUGAUGAUAAUGAAAAGCUGGUUUGAUUGCUUGAAUCUUUGGUAGCAUGUUUCAGUGUUUAUUUUGGUAGUAUUUAUCUUUUGUAGUUGUAUUUGCAUUAUAAGUUUCUUUGCUUAAUUUGUAGCGUCUUAACUCAGUUAUGUGUUAGUUGAUUUGUUCUCAAUUCUUAUCGUAGUUUUCGAUCGAGUAA